UGGCUGAAAAUUCGCUUAAUGAGCAGCAGUCUCAAUCUACAGUUAAUCUCAGAACUUGGCCUAGAGCUUCUUUAUCCCAGAGGUAGUAACUUCAACCUAAUCUUCCAAGCUUAUCACAAUAAUUCCCCCAUUUUAAAGUUCAGAUCACUCAACGAUCUGCAACAAAGAAUUCAACUUGAGAAGGCUAUUAAAUUGGCAAGGCAACGUCUACAUGAAAGAAAACUUAAUGCGAAACCAGAGGAAAAUCAAGCAGGAAAUAGUGAAACUGAUAUUUUAAACCAACAAAACACUUGCCAAAAAAUCACGUCAAAAUUAUUAAAAGCAUUAGAACGAAUCAGGGACACUAAAAAUGAACAGCUUUUACAAAGAUCAGGAAUUAGAAGGAGAAAAAGAAGGGAAUCCUUGGCAUCGGAUGAACCACACUUUGGAUCUAUGAUAUUAGUUGGAACGUUACAAAAAGAACAAGCUAAAGCUUUACAACGAGGAAUGGCAGCUUUCAAAGUUGAACAAAGCCUUGUAGAUAGAAGGAAAUCCAUUCCAAUAUUGACAGAUGAUUUGCCUAGUAAAUCGUUGGAAGAAGGGUUGGAGAGGACUUUGGAACCUACUACAAUUGAGGAAGAAAAGGGAGAAAUUGACACCAUCCUUUGCCUAAUCAACUAUUUGCCUUUAUUUACAAGCUUAGUUGGUGCCUUACUAUUGCUUUUAUUUGGAGCCUUCCUGUUCAGAUUAAUUGAUGAAAAAAUUGCGGAACAACCAUUCCAUCGCGCAGUUCUCUUUACUUUUCAAGCUGUAGCAACUAUCGGGUGGGGCGACAUACGGCCAGGGAAUAAGUUGAGUCAGGCAUUUUGCACCCUAUAUACAAUCUUUGGUGUUCCUAUAUUCUUCUCGGCAUUGGCCAAUGUGGGAAGAUUAAUUUCUGAUUUUUAUACGCUCGACUGGCUUUUCCUUACUUGUGUUGUCCGCCCAAUGAGCAAGGAUAAAAUUGGACCUUCAGCACAAAAACAGAUAGCAUUGAGAAAGUCCUUAUAUCUGCUUUGUGUUCAUCAACUGAUUGGAAUGUUUAUAUAUGGAGCUCUUCUAAAACAAUACACGCCGAUUGUUGUACUUUAUUUUUGCCUUACUUCAAUGGCUACUAUAGGCAUUGGAGAUUAUCAUCCUGAUGCAGCCAGCUUAUGGCAAGCCCUCGUGGCAAUCAUUUUCAUGAGCAUUGGAAUGGUUCUAUUAGCCUCACUAUUAAUUGCCUUGGCUUAUCAUUUCCAAACUAUAUUCUUUGUACACCUACAGGGGUGGUUGCAACGAAAAUUUGAUGAAAGGAAAUAGAUGAUUGAUACUCUAAAUUAUGACAUAUCCUAGAAAUUCUCUUAAAAAUUUAUUGAGAGACUAGACAAUUUAAAAAAAUUUGGAAACAAUAUGAAACGAAAUAGAGGACUUAACAUUGUAAAAUAUUUAGAUUUAAUAUUAAAAAUGAUAUGUA